CGGUUUCCCCCGGAGGAGAAGGAGGAGGAGGAGGAGGGAAGAGGAGGAGGAGGAGGAGGACGGGAGCCGCGAGGUCUCGUCGAGCGGUGCGCCCCAAGGGCCGCUCCGCCGGGCGGGGCCCUUCUGCGCGGGUGGUGGCCCCCGCCGAGGAACCGCGAGGCCACGCCUCAGGGGAGCCGCGAUGCCUCGUCGGGAGGGGUCACUGCACCGACCUCGCAGACGUGCUGCAGCGCAUUCUUGCAUCGCCGGAGGCUUCGCAUCGCAUUUCGCUGUGGUUUCACAACCCCUUUUUGCCAAUGCAACUCUGACGUGCACGGCUUCUCUCUCUCUCUCUUUCUCUGCCAAUGCUCGUCAGCGGCCAAGAGGGGAGGUGUCCAAGAGGGGGGGGCGCAACGGCCCCCGCCCCCCGCAACGCCAUCCGGCUGAUCCCCCAUUAGACUGAAGCCCGCACCGCCUGCCGUGGGCCGGGGCUGGGCCUCGCCAGGGGCUGCGCCACGGGCAGCGCUGGAUAUGGCAGGCCGCGGCAGGAAGGAGGCUGCGCCCGCCCAGCGAUGCGUCGGGCGCCCCCUUGGGCACGGGAGACUGCCUUUAAAUAACAAUAGUCUACGCCUCACCGCAAGCCGCGCCCUGGCUCGGCAAGGGCGUGGCGCCAAUCACACAGUCGUGAUAUGGUCGGGCCACGGCGGAACACAGGGGGCUCAGCGAGCAGCCGCGCUACAACGCACAGAAGCUACACGUUGCAGCGCGAACCCGUGCAUGUACAGGGGCCUGCACGGGAGCAAUAACAAAGACCUCUCGGUGCCCCAUCCGUGUGCUCUGCUACGGCCAAGCGCAUGCGCCAGGGAGCCCAACAAGAAGGUCAGCACAACACGGUCACCGCAUAACGCUUAUAGCACUUCGCAUCCCAUACCAUCGAUCGGUACAAUUCAUCUUGCGCACGGAAAUCGAAAUUGUUACCCCGGAGGUCCAAGAACACCGUGUUUUUGGGGCUGCAGUGCAUCCCUGCGUACUUGAUCGCGUCGGCCAGCACAAACGCGUCAUCGCUGCCCCAACCCAGAUUCGUCAAAUUGACCUUGUCGCCCUGUUCUACGCCCAGACUGUUGUAGGUGUCGCCCCAACUGUUGUAGGCCUGGAUAAACCCUUUGCGAUACUGCUCGAUCACGAACUCCUCGUCGACAGCCCCAGCCGUGAAGGCGACGGUGCCUUCCUGCACGCCCGCGCGCACCUGCUUGGCGAACGCAUCCGGCGACAACGGCGGCCUGCGCGACGCGCUCAGAACACGCAAAGCCUCCGAGUCCCUGAACCUGCCCCAGACCCAUCCGUCUGGGACCUUGCCCAGGUCCAGGAGGCAUUCUCUAUGCUUCGUCAACAUGCUGAUCGAGCGCUCGAACUUGCACCAACCACGGUUCUGGUAAGGCCGCCUGUUCUCGUACUUGCCGUCUCCAUUGGGCACCGGCGUGGUCACGAGCAGCACGGUGGUGUGCGGGUGGGCGUACCACCGGUCGAUGGCCUUCAGGCCCGCCUUGAACCGCUGCGUCUCCGAGUCGUCCCUGUGCGGCUUCUGCGGCAAGGACAAGAAAUCCCAGAGGACGCCCACGGUCGCGUAUGAGCUGAGCCCACGGUCGUGUUGGAGACAUCCCAGUUCAAGCUGAGCUAGCUCCUUCGUGUGGCUUAGCAUUGCGCGCAGCACGGGGGCGACCCGCUGCAAGGUUUCCCCGAGGCGGUCCGGGUGAGUCCGAUCAAACCACGGGUAGCUCAGGACGAGGAUGGGGAGAAAUGCAGAGGUACGGAUAACAUCGUUGUCGAUGCGAGUACAAGUUGCGCCGCAGCGCAGCUGCCAGGCGUUCGCCGGACCGAUCUUCGCAGCCUCGGGGAGCUCCUGCCACCGCGGCACGACGCCGCCCGCAUCGGCCAGGGCCACGAGGAAGUGCGCGUCCACGAGCGUGGUGUGCUCGAGCAGCGGCACCAACUCCUCCCCGCCGAGGAAAUUCCAGUGCUGUGCUGGUGGUGGCCUCUCUUCUGGGCUCAGGGCGUCGGCCGCUCUCCUCAGCUCCUCUUGCGCCAGGGCCGCGCUGGAGAUGGCGCUCGCGGGGCUGGCAUCGCCUGCCGACGACGACGUCGAGAUGCAGCACCCCAUGGCCUGCGCCUCGAUCGAGUGCCAAGGCUGGGUCAAACCAGGCGGCCAGAGGCGGGCGCCGCUCGAGCCAGACUCCUGGAGCCAAGGCU